AUGUACAGGUAAGGUCUUUAUAAAUAACGCAGGCCAGCUGGCUGGGAACCUUAGAAUGACACAGCAUGCUCUUCGUAGCGUUCGUUUGCGGCUUUCUCGGGAUCACGUCAGCAGAUCCAUUCAGGGAAGAAUUAGUAUACCCGGAACUACUUCAGGAAAGGAGUGAAAACGGGGAGCUUCUGCUGCGAAUUCAGGACACGACUUUGCGCCUGAAGAAGAGCACGGUGCUGGCCCACGACCUUUUUCUGGACACGACGAGCGACGGCGAUGAAAGCGAAUACACGCUUUGGAAUGGAACCAGCCUAGAAGAGAACCUUUACCAUGACAGUGAGCACCAGUCAUCGAUUAUGUUUCACCAAGUUAACAGUACAGUAAAAGUGGAAGGCAUUCUCAGCCCAGACUGGAGAAUCGCAGCUCUGUCGUCGGUCGAACGCUCGGAAGAUGCUGCAGUGCCCCACAGGGUUUACCGAAUUCAAGGCACAGACAUCAUGAACGAUCUCGCUUUUCGUGAUCUUAAUAUAAACAUUCCUGUGUUCAGAAGACCAAGACGAACAACGUUAGACCGGAUUAUUCCGAGGAAGAAGCUUCCAAAGGAGUACGUCGCUGAAAUAUUUCUAGUAUCCGACCGCCGCCAUCAGAAACAGUUCGCGACAGAUAAGGAACUGAUUGCCUACUUCGCCGUAAUGAUGAACGCAGUGAACGUUUGGUAUGAAGGAAUGAAGAAGCCCUAAAGUAAGGACCAAGAUCGUCGGAAUCUCACGGUUCAAAAAAGGCAUCAAUGACGUAACAGCCGGUCGUUUUCUGCUCGGCGAGGCUACUCUGAAAAAAUUCAUCAACUAUUUCAAUAGAACGUUGUCAAGAGAUCCAGACGCCGUUUACGUGUUCACAGGACAAAACCUCGCUACACUCGACUAUACAGGAAAAGUUAGUGGCAAUCUUCUUGGUAUCGCAAUACUAUCAUCUCUUUGCACUGCCCUCAAGGUCGGACUGGGCGAAGACACGGCCGGCACCUUCAGCGGAGCUUACAUCGCCGCCCACGAGAUUGGCCACAUCUUGGGCUCGUCUCACGAUGGAUCCCCGGGUCACCCGUCGAUUCCAAACAACAGGGGCGGCAGACCGUGUCCUUGGCAAGAAGGAUACCUCAUGAGUUACGUGGAUGGUGGCCUCAAGAAGUACCAGCUUUCACCUUGCACCAAGGCUCAGAUACGGGGGCUCAUCAGUAUCAUAUCUGACAAGUGCUUGGCGGAAACGUCCUCAUCAAGUACGAAAACCCGAA